ACCAACAAGACGUCACCUUCAUCAGACAUGAGAAAUCCAUAUCUGACCGGAGGAUUACGUAUCCGGUCUGACCUACGUGGUAUAUCUUGAGCAAUUUGAGGUUCAAUUGCUUGAUCUCUUUGCUCAUGUUCCAACACUAUCGGGACUUCUUCUUGUGGUUCUCGAAUUUCUUCGAGGUCUACCUUUCUCCCACUAGUGAUAGUAGAAAGAAACUCCUUCUCAAGGAAGGAUACAGAAAUGAUGUUUCUGCUUAUACUAAGUACAAACAGACAAUUAUUCAAAUGCAUUAUAAGACCACUAGGUAGAGAUAAACUAUAGGUUCCGACGGUCAAUGCAUAGACGAGUGCGCCAUUGCCAACUUUUAGUUGUAUCUCUCCCUCCGUCAAUUGUCUACAUUCAUGCAAGUUCUGCAUAGAAGUACAGAUGUGGGAACCACAUCCAGUAUCCAUCACCCAAGAGGUGAUAUCAGACAUAUUGACUUCGAUAACGUAAAUACUUGAGUUUUGGGGCUGACCCUAGUAAAGGUCUCUUAAGCAUUGUAUCAUAGGAUGCACUUCCAUGUCCGCGUGGAGCCUUUGGAGCUCCGCAGUCAUACUGGCCAUAAUGAUACACUUUACAUCUCGCGCGUCGUCCUCAUACUUCUUGAAGGAAGUGAGUUCGGACGCACGAGCAUUAGCAUCAGGGCUCUUGGGAGGAUCCGUUUCGAGGAUGUAGAGUUUCUUCUCACAGUUAAGAACGAUUCGGAGGUUCAUCUCCCAGUCAAGAAAGUUGGUCCCGGAUAACUUAUUGUUUUCCAGGAUGUAACGCAGGUUGAAAGGGUUGUUAUUGUUUGCCAUCUACAGAAAAUUUUGCAAACUAGGUUAUCUAUCAUGUUUAAUAAUUAAUUAGGCCUUUAAUUAAUUAUCUCCCACUAUUUUUAACAAAUCAAUAACCCUCGAUAUUGAUUCGGAGAUUUCCGGCGAAACCUCUAGUGGGCCAAGAUCCAUAUUUCAUUAUCUUGCGUUCCGCUUGGGCGUUACUCCACAAGACAACUAUUUAGGUAGGAACAUAGUUCCAACUGAUGAGCCGGGCUCUCAGCUCUUGGUCUGGUGUUGGGCGAACAAUAUUA